AUGAGCAAAGCCGAGUUGGAAAAUAACGAAGAAAUUCAGAUCUUCCGUGAAUAUCUGCGUAUUCCAUCGGUGCAUCCAAAUGUAGAUUACACGCCUUGUGUGGAAUUCUUGAAAAGACAGGCAGCUAGUCUAGAUCUGCCAGUAGAGAUUGUUUAUCCAGUAAACGAGAAAAAUCCUGUCGUCCUCAUAAAAUGGGAGGGAAAACAGCCAAAUCUGCCAGCCAUCAUUCUGAACUCGCACAUGGAUGUGGUUCCAGUGUUCCCAGAGAAGUGGACCCACGAUCCCUUCAGUGCCGAUCUGGAUGAUGAGGGACGCAUUUACGCUCGCGGCACACAGGACACUAAGGAGAUUGGAACUCAAUAUUUGGGUGCUAUUCGUGUUCUCAAGGCCAAAGGAUUCCAGCCAAAACGAACAGUGUACGUGAGUUUUGUGCCAGACGAGGAGGUUGGCGGAUAUCUUGGAAUGCGUGAAUUUGUUCACACGGAUCAUUUUAAGAACAUGAAUUUGGGCUUCAGUAUGGAUGAAGGAUCCUCCAGUUUGGAUGAUGGGUACUAUGUGUAUUAUGCAGAGCGUACUGCCUGGCAUCUUCGAUUCAAGAUCAGCGGCACUGCAGGCCAUGGUUCCAUCCUACUUCCCAACACGGCGGGAGAGAAAUUCAACUUCAUUGUGAAUAAGAUGAUGGAGUUUCGUUCAUCACAGGUGAAAAUGUUGGCAAGGGACUCGAGCCUUUUCUUUGGUGAUGUGACCACCGUAAAUAUGACAAUUGUGAAUGGUGGAGUGCAAAACAAUGUGGUUCCCGCAAUGCUGGAGGUGGUCUUUGAUUUGCGCAUUGCUAUCGAUGUGGAUCUGGAUGGCCUUGAGAAGCAAAUACGCGAUUGGUGUGAGGAGGCAGGUGGCGGCAUUGAGCUCGUGUUUGAACAGAAAGAUGAAUAUGUGCCGCCUACAAAGGUCGAUGAAACGAAUCCCUUCUGGUUAGCCUUUGAGAAGGCCACGAAAGAACUCAAUCUGGAAAUUCGACCACAUGUCUGUCCAGGAGGCACUGACAGUCGCUUCAUACGUUCCAAGGGAAUUCCAGCUCUGGGUUUCUCACCCAUCAAUAACACGCCCAUUUUGCUGCACGAUCACGAUGAAUACAUUCGUGCCGACAGCUAUUUACAUGGCAUUGAGGUCUACACAAAGGUUAUUGCAGCUAUUGCAGAUGUUUAAGAAAAUUACGUAUACGUUCAGAAACUUGUUAUUAUAUAUAUUGAAUAUUGUGUUAAGUAAUUAAUUAAUAAUUUUGUUUCUAAAUAAAAAAAUAUCAUCAAUAAUAUUAGCAAAUGCCAC